UGCGAUAUCAUCGCCGUCGGGCGAGCGUUGGACAAGUCCGACGAGAUCAUGUCAAGCAUCGACCCGGCCUACCACCUCGACACCUACCGAGCCCUGUACGCGGACAGCCGGUUCGAGGUGCAGCUGCCGGUGCCUGAUGAGCUGGCGGUUGACGUGGACAUUCUUCCUCCGGCCUGGGUGCCCAACCAGGCUGGUCGCCCCAAGAAAAAGGGGCCCUCGAGGACGAAGAGGAUCCCAUCCAGGGGAGAGCACGCUUCGUCGUCCUCCUACAACGUCCGCCUGAUGCCCGCCCUGUCUGAGGGCGCGCCUGCAUCGUAGCAGGGAGCGCCCGCAUCGUCGCAGGGAGCGCCCACCUUGUCUCAGGGAGCUCCCGCCCUGUCGCAGGGCGGCGUGCAGUCUGGUGUUAUCUCCGUUGACUAGAUGGGUAACAAGUACCUCGCGUUUCGUGACCUCGGAGUUUGCUGUCUUCGACCACCAUUGUCCGUUGUGCUGUCGCUCUUGCUGUGUCUUCUUGAAGUUCCUCGGUAACGUUUCCUCGUGUUGUGAUUUUACGGAGGGAUGGGCCGGUGAAGUGGCUGAGCAGCGGCGGUACUGGCCUGGCAUGGCAUGGCCUGGCCCGCCUUGUUUGGGUUGAGAAAUUCCGGGCAUGAAUCUCACGCGAGUUGUCGCAGGAUGGUGUUGGGCUGUUGAUUUUUGACUGUUGGGUGUGCGAGGUGACCGGCCUCCCUUCACACAAGCACGGCGGUCAGUUCGCUGUAGCGCCAACCUAGUGGGGGCACGAUUUUGCGUCUCUGACGGUUGUUUUGUUUGGGUAGCUUUGACAGGAAAUAAUCUAUUGUCUCGACUAGGAGCGCUGUGCGUUUUUUUGUCUCGUGUUUCGUGUGUCAUUUCCGAACUCUUCGUUCUGUUCCGGGGUCGUUUAUCGUUUCACCUUUUCAUUCUGUUUUUGGUCCAUCCGUCUUGUUUAUUUCGUGCCAUCUUCGCCUCUUCAGUCGGUCCACGUUAGAUAUCUGCUGACAGUUGGAUCAUCAGAUGGCACCAGAAAGAAAGCUUUUAUCGCCAAUACGAGGGACGGUACGUGUUGAUCCUGUGUUUC